AUGAGCGAUGCCGAGAUGGAGAUAUUUGGGGUGGCGGCCCCGUAUCUCCGUAAAUCAGAGCGGGAAAGAAUCGCAGCUCAAAACAAACCGUUUGACGCCAAAACAGCCGUUUUCGUGCCCGAUCCGAAGCAGGAGUAUGUCAAGGGAAAAAUCAAAAACCAAGAUGGCGCCAACAUCAUUGUGGAGACUGAGGAUGGAAAGGUUGUCACGGUGCACCAGGACGACACUCGCCCCAUGAACCCGCCUAAAUUUGACAAGAUCGAAGACAUGGCUCUGCUGACACAUCUGCACGAGCCAGCUGUGUUGUUCAACCUCAAGGAGCGCUACGCUGCCUGGAUGAUCUACACGUACUCCGGUCUCUUCUGUGUGACUGUGAAUCCUUACAAGUGGCUUCCAGUUUAUAACCCAGAGGUGGUGGCCGGCUACCGGGGGAAGAAACGUCAGGAGUCCCCCCCUCACAUCUUCUCCAUCUCUGAUAAUGGUUACCAGUACAUGCUCACAGAUCGAGAGAACCAGUCUAUCCUGAUCACCGGAGAAUCUGGUGCUGGGAAGACUGUCAACACAAAGAGAGUCAUUCAAUACUUUGCAACAAUUGCAUCAUUUGGUGACUCGAGCAAGAAAGAGCAGCUUCCAGGCAAAAUGCAGGGAAAUCUGGAGGAUCAAAUCAUCCAGGCCAACCCUCUGCUGGAAGCUUUCGGGAAUGCCAAGACUGUGAGGAAUGACAACUCCUCCCGAUUUGGAAAAUUCAUUCGCAUCCACUUUGGAACAAAGGGGAAGCUGGCAUCGGCUGAUAUUGAAACUUACCUUUUGGAAAAAUCCAGGGUGACCUUUCAGCUGCCGGCAGAGAGGAGCUAUCACAUCUUCUAUCAGAUCUUGUCAAACAAGAAGCCUGAUUUAAUUGAGAUGCUGCUGAUAACCACCAACCCAUUUGAUUACCCUUUCAUCAGCCAGGGUGAAAUCACUGUGCUGAGCAUCAAUGAUAUAGAGGAGCUGGUGGCCACAGAUAGUGCCAUCGACAUCCUGGGGUUCAACACGGAGGAAAAGGUGGGCAUCUACAAGCUGACUGGUGCUGUGAUGCACAACGGGAACAUGAAGUUCAAGCAGAAGCAGCGUGAGGAGCAGGCCGAGCCAGAUGGCACCGAGGUGGCUGACAAAGUAGCCUAUCUCAUGGGUCUGAACUCCGCUGACCUGCUGAAAGCGCUGUGUUACCCUCGAGUGAAGGUUGGGAAUGAGUACGUCACCAAAGGCCAGACUCCUCAGCAGGUGAACAACGCCAUGGGUGCGCUGUCUAAGGCCGUGUAUGAGAAGCUGUUCCUGUGGAUGGUCACGCGUAUCAACCAGCAGCUCGACACCAAACUUCCAAGACAGCAUUUUAUCGGCGUCCUGGAUAUCGCAGGGUUUGAGAUUUUUGAGAUGAACAGUCUGGAGCAGCUGUGCAUCAACUUUACCAACGAGAAGCUGCAACAGUUUUUCAACCAUCACAUGUUUGUGCUGGAGCAAGAAGAAUACAAGAAGGAAGGGAUUCAGUGGGAGUUCAUCGACUUCGGCAUGGACCUGGCAGCUUGCAUUGAGCUCAUUGAGAAGCCGAUGGGGAUCUUCUCUAUUCUGGAAGAGGAGUGCAUGUUUCCAAAGGCGACAGACGGCUCCUUCAAGAACAAGCUUUACGACCAACACCUGGGGAAGAACAUCAUCUUCCAGAAACCGAAGCCCUGCAAAGGAAAGGCCGAGGCUCACUUCUCACUGAUGCACUACGCCGGCACCGUAGACUACAACAUCAGCGGCUGGUUGGAGAAGAACAAAGACCCGCUGAAUGACACCGUGGUGCAGCUUUAUCAGAAAGCUUCCCUCAAACUUCUCUCUCAGCUUUUUGCCACAUAUGCAACUGCUGACGGUCAAGGUUCUGCUGAUGGAAGUAAGAAAAGCUUCAAGAAAAAAGGAUCUUCUUUCCAGACAGUUUCUGCACUCUUCAGGGAAAACUUGAACAAACUGAUGGCCAACCUCAGGUCCACACAUCCUCACUUUGUACGAUGCAUCAUCCCAAAUGAGACAAAGACACCAGGCUCGAUGGAUCAUCAUCUGGUCCUGCACCAGCUGCGAUGUAACGGCGUGCUGGAAGGAAUCAGGAUCUGCAGGAAAGGCUUCCCCAGCAGGAUCCUCUAUGGAGAUUUCAAACAGAGAUACAGGAUCCUCAACGCCAGCGCGAUCCCAGAGGGCCAGUUUAUCGACAGCAAGAAGGCUUCAGAGAAACUGCUCUCCUCCAUCGAUGUGGAUCAUUCCCAGUACAGAUUUGGAUACACAAAGGUGUUCUUCAAAGCCGGCCUCCUGGGACUGCUGGAGGAGAUGAGAGACGAGCGGCUGGCUGUGCUGAUGACUCGUAUCCAGGCUGUGGCCAGAGGUUACGUCACCCGGCUGAGGCUCAAGGAGAUGACAAAGAAAAGAGAGUCAAUUUUCGUCAUCCAGUACAACAUUCGCUCAUUCAUGAAUGUGAAGAACUGGCCUUGGAUGAAGCUUUUCUUCAAGAUAAAGCCUCUGCUACGAAGCGCCGAGGCCGAGAAGGAGAUGCAGACCAUGAAAGAGGAAUUCUCACGACUCAAGGAUGAGUUUGCAAAGUCGGAGGGCAGGAGGAAGGAGCUGGAGGAGAAGAUGGUCAUGCUCGUCCAGGAGAAAAAUGACCUUUACCUUCAAAUCCAAGCAGAAAGGGAGAACCUGUGCGACGCUGAGGAGAGGUGUGAAGGCUUGAUAAAGAGCAAGAUACACCUGGAGGCCAAAGUCAAAGAGUUCUCGGAGAGGAUUGAGGAAGAGGAGGAGAUCAACGCCGAAAUCACGGCUAAGAGGAGGAAGCUGGAGGACGAAUGUUCGGAGCUCAAAAGAGACAUCGACGACCUGGAACUCACCAUCGCCAAAGUGGAGAAGGAGAAAUAUGCCACAGAAAAUAAGGUGAAGAAUUUGAUCGAGGAGUUAACCACACUGGAGGAAAAUAUGAUGAAGUCCUCAAAGGAGAUCAAAGCUUUGCAGGAGGUUCACCAGCAGACACUGGACGAUCUUCAGGCUGAGGAGGAUAAAGUAAACUCUCUAAUGAAGACGAAGAUCAAGUUAGAGCAACAGGUCGAUGAUCUGGAAGGCUCACUGGAGCAAGAGAAGAAGGUGCGUGCUGACUUGGAGAGAUCCAGAAGGAAACUAGAGGGGGAUCUGAAGCUGUCCCAAGAAACCAUAAUGGACCUGGAGAACGAACGACAGCAAAUGGAAGAGAGACUGAAAAAAAAAGACUUCGAAAUCAGCAAUCUGAUGUGCAAGAUGGAUGAUGAGCAAGCUCUUGGCACCCAACUGCAAAAGAAGAUUAAAGAGCUUCAGGCUCGCACUGAAGAGCUGGAAGAAGAAAUCGAGGCAGAGCGCUCGACUAGAGCCAAAGUAGAGAAGCAGAGGUCCGACCUCUCCAGAGAGCUGGAGGAGAUCAGCGAGAGGCUGGACGAAGCCGGAGGAGCCACCGCCGCUCAGGCCGAGCUCAACAAGAAGCGAGAGGCAGAGUUUCAGAGGCUGCGUCGUGAUCUGGAAGAGUCCACUCUCCAGCACGAAUCCAUCGCGGCAACUUUGCGCAAGAAGCAGGCUGACAGCGUCGCCGAGCUCAGCGAUCAGAUAGACAACCUUCAAAGGGUCAAACAGAAACUGGAGAAAGAGAAGAGCGAGCUGAAGAUGGAAAUCGACGACAUGGCGAGCAACGUGGAGAGCGUUCUGAAAAACAAGGCUAAUCUGGAGAAAAUGUGCAGGACCCUUGAAGACCAAAUGAAUGAAUACAAGACCAAAUCAGAUGAAGCCCAGAGGUCGCUGAGUGAUUAUACUGCCCUCAAUGCUCGACUGCAAACAGAAAACGGUGAACUUUCACGUCUGCAUGAGGAGAAAGAACUCGCUCUCUCACAGUUGAGCAGAGUGAAAUCUGUGGGGAGUCAACAAAUCGAAGAGCUGAAGAGACUUUUGGAUGAGGAGAUUAAGGCAAAAAAUGCCCUGGCUCACAGUGUGCAAUCAGCUCGACAUGACUGUGAGCUGCUGAGAGAGCAGUACGAGGAGGAACAGGAGGCCAAAGCCGAGCUGCAGCGCUGCCUGUCCAAGGCGAACAGCGACGUGUCUCAGUGGAGAACCAAAUACGAGACCGACGCCAUCCAGCGCACCGAGGAGCUCGAGGAGGCAAAGAAGCGGCUGGCCCAGCGGCUGCAAGAAUCUGAGGAGAUGACAGAGGCUGCAAAUGUCAAAUGCGCAUCACUGGAGAAAACCAAGCAGAGGCUGCAGGCUGAGGUCGAGGAUCUCAUGGUUGAGCUGGAAAGGUCAAACGCGGCUAAUGCCACCUUGGACAAGAAACAGAGGAACUUUGACAAGAUUCUGGUUGAAUGGAAACAGAAAUACGAAGAGAGUCAAUCAGAUCUGGAGGUUUCCCAGAGAGAGUCCAGAGUCCUGAGUACAGAUCUCUUCAAGCUGAAAAACUCAUACGAAGAAGCUCUGGAUCACCUGGAGAACAUGAAAAGAGAGAAUAAAAACCUUCAGGAGGAGAUUACCGAUGUCACUGAGCAAGUUGGUCAAUCUGCUAAAACCAUCCACGAGUUGGAGAAAGCUGCAAAGCAAGCCGAACAAGACAAGAGAGACACUCAGGCUGCUCUUGAGGAGGUUGAGUCCUCCCUGGAGCACGAGGAGGCAAAAAUCCUGCACCUUCAACUGGAGCUGAACCAGAUCAAAUCAGAAGUGGACAGAAAGGUGGCGGAGAAAGAUGAAGAGAUCGACCAGCUCAAGAGGAAUAGCCAGAGAACCGUGGACACGCUGCAAAGUGCGCUGGACGCCGAGAUGCGCAGCAGAAACGAUGCGAUCCGGAUGAAGAAAAAGAUGGAGGGGGAUCUGAAUGAGAUAGAGAUCCAGCUCGGUCACACCAACCGUCAGGCGGCCGAGGCGACCAAACAACUGAGAAACCUGCAGAUUCAGUUAAAGGACACCCAGGUCCAUCUGGAUGAAGCUCUCCACAGUCAGGAGGACAUGAAGGAGCAACUGGCCAUUGUGGAGCGUCGCAAUAACCUCAUGAUGGCUGAGAUUGAGGAGAUGAGGGCGGCGCUGGAGCAAUCUGAGAGAAGCCGCAAGCUGGCUGAGCAGGAGCUGAUCGAAGUCAGUGAGAGGAUUCAGCUGCUACACUCUCAGAACAGCAGCCUCCUGAAUGCUAAAAAGAAGAUGGAGAGUGAUUUAACUCAGCUGCAAUCAGAGAUGGAGGACACUGUCCAGGAAGCCAGGAAUGCAGAUGAAAAGGCCAAAAAAGCCAUCAUGGAUGCUGCCAUGAUGGCCGAGGAACUGAAGAAAGAGCAGGACACCAGCGCUCACUUGGAGAGGAUGAAGAAGAACAUGGACGCCACAGUGAAAGACCUGCAGCAGCGCCUGGACGAGGCCGAGCAGUUGGCUCUGAAAGGAGGGAAAAAGGAGCUUCACAAACUGGAAACCAGGGUCCGUGAGCUGGAAAAUGAAUUGGAGGCAGAACAGAAACGCUGCGGCGAAGCUAUGAAAGGAGUGAGGAAAUAUGAGAGGAAAAUUAAAGAGGUCACUUAUCAGGGUGAGGAGGAAAAGAAGAAUGUUGUAAGACUUCAGGAUUUGGUCAACAACCUGCAGCUGAAAGUGAAAGCGUAUAAGCGGCAGUGUGAGGAGGCGGAGGAACAAACCAGCAUCAAUCUGGCUAAAUUUCGAAAGGUGCAACAUGAGCUGGAGGAAGCGGAGGAACGAGCCGAUAUCGCAGAAUCCCAGCUGAAUAAAUUAAGAGCAAAGAGCCGAGACGGUGUUGGAAAGGGGAACAGAAAUCUGCACUUGUCCGAUGCACUUUAGAGAAGAUACCAGGGUUUGCUUUACCAGAAGCAAUAAUACUAGUAAUAACUCGAUUUCAUGAGUAUUAUUUGAUCAUAGCAGCCAAACUAAUCAGUAAAAAUAUAAUAAAACGACCCUCAUAGAGAGCUGGAAUAACA